AUGAGAUGGGCAGAGAGAGUCUACAAAAAGGUGACGACCAGAGAUCCCGAUGAUUGCGAACACGACUACCAAGAACCAAAACCAUGUUUUCGACACACAAGCAAUUUCAUGCACUUCAACCUCGCAUUUUUCACUUUCAACGGUAUAUUUCUUUCCGCUAUGCUCUGGAGUUCAUACCGACCAACGUCACCAAAUCGGCUACUAAAGCAGGUCAAUAGCUACACGCCCCUCCUAGAUGCUUACGACUUAGCGUUUCACACUCGCACCCCAAAUGCCAGCCUAUACAAUGUGCCAUACAGCAUCUACAAAGACAAUCCGUCACCCGCCGUAGAUGCUGCGUGGGAGAAAAUAGCAGACACACCCAUUCUCGUCAUCUCACGGGCGGAUGUGAUCCGUAUGGGAAAAGACCCUGAAUAUGCUGUCCAAGUACCUCUCGAUUUCGGCUAUGGUGAAGACGGGUUCUUUGCUGUAAAUGACGGUCAGCAUCUCAUUCAUUGCUUGAACGAAGUUCGCGAAUUCGCGUUCUCUUCCCAUUACUACAAUGACUCCUCGCCGUUGACGCAAAUGCAAGCAGCUCACCGGUCGCGUUGCAUUGGUGUGCUUCUCGAUGCACUAACGUGCCAGCCGAGUCUAGGUAUGGUGUUGUGGGAGUGGGUUGAAGGUCAGGCUAUGCCAGAACCGGAUUUCGGGGUUCAGAGAAUGUGCAUCAAGCAGGACGUUUUUAGGGAGUGGAUGGAUAAGAGUGAGGUCGAUAGGAGUGUAAUGAAGGGAUGGAACGGAAAAUGGGAUGGUGGUAAGAGCAGAAAUAAUGGCUCAGGAGGCAAGACCAGAGUCAAGGUCGUACCGCCUGAAGCACAAGAUGGAACGGAGUUUGGGCAUGACAACAUCCAUCACCAAGACCAUGUCUAG